UGUGUGUGUGUGUGUGUAUUUCCAUUUCAGUUGCAAUGGAAAACAAAUGUAGCUUUUGCAUUAAUACAGAAUUCUUAUUGUUGCUCGCCACCAUGGUAUUAUUCUUUUACAUGAAACGGCGGCGAAACGACCGUACGAUGAGUCGAAAACGAAAAUCAAUAAAACACCGUCCUCUUCCACCGGGGCCCACAGGCUACCCUAUCACAGGCUGCCUGCCCGAAAUGAUAAGGAACAGGCCAACUUUCCGAUGGAUACACAAACUCAUGCAAGAAACGGACACAGAGAUCGCAUGCAUCCGCCUCGGAAGCACCCACGUCAUCAUUGUCACCUCUCCGGAACCUAGAGAGUUCUUGAAGAAGCAUGACCUAAUCUUCGCCUCCCGGCCCCACUGCAUGUCGGCCAGGCUCACAAGCUGCAACUACCUCUCGACGGUCAUUUCUCCAAUUGGAGAUCAAUGGAAGAAAAUGAGAAGAAUUCUCUCCUCGCAUGUUCUUUCGCCCUCCAUGCACAGAAAGCUUCACGAGAAACGAGGCGAAGAAGCCGAUCAUCUAGUUAGAUACGUUAAUAAUAAUAAUAAUAAUAAUAAUAAUAAUAAUAAUAAUGGGGUGAAUUUGAGAGUCGCGACUCAGCAUUACUGCGGCAACGUGAUUAGGAAAGCGGUGUUUGGCAAGAGGUUUUUCGGGCCGGGAAAGGAGGAUGGUGGGCCCGGAUUGCAGGAAAGAGAGCAUGUUGAUGGGUUGUUCACAAUACUUACAUAUCUAUACGGUUUCGCAAUAGCCGAUUAUGUUCCGUGUUUGGAGAUUUUCGAUUUUGAUGGAUAUAAAAAGAUUAUCGGCGAUGCACUUGAUAAUGUGAGGAAAUAUCAAGAUCCGGAGAUUACGAACAGGGUGGAAAUGUGGCGAAAAGGGAUUAAAAAGACAGAAGACGAUAUUCUUGAUGUUUUUAUUAACCUCAAGGAUUCAGAACACAACCCCUUGCUAUCAGUUCAAGAGAUUCGAGCACAAAUUACUGAAAUAAUGCUAGCAGGAGUGGAUAAUCCAUCAAAUGCAGUGGAAUGGGCAAUUGCAGAGAUGAUCAACCAACCACACAUUCUUAACCGAGCCUGUCGAGAAUUGGACAGUGUGGUCGGCAGGGGCAAAAUGGUCCAGGAAUCAGAUUUGCCUAACCUCAACUACGUGAGAGCCUGCGUGAAAGAGUCCUUCCGAUUGCACCCAGUAUCACCAUUCAACGUCCCCCACGUGUCGACGGAGGACGCCGUCGUCGGCGGCUACUUCAUCCCCAGAGGCAGCCACGUCCUCCUCAGCCGCCCCGGCCUGGGGCGGAAUCCUAGGGUUUGGGAAAACCCGCUCGAUUACAACCCCGAUCGGCACAUGGUUGAGGUUGAAUCGGCGCAAGUUGAGCUUGUGGAUCACGAUCUGCGAAUUUUGUCUUUUAGUACUGGGAGACGAGGUUGCCCCGUGCUCACUAAUCCACUCGGGUUACCCGGGUUCGAAACCCAGAAGCUGCAUUUUUGCCCCGGCGUCGCGCUUGGCUCGACCAUGGCGGUGAUGCUUCUGGCUAGGCUCUUACAUGGCUUCAAUUGGACGGCGCCGCCGUCGGCGGGCGUCGACCUCGUUGAGUCGGAAGGUGAUUUGUUGUUGGCUAAGCCGUUGGUUUUACACGCCACGCUGCGUUUGGAGCCGUCGGUUCUUUUGAAAUAG